UCCAUUAAUUUUCAUAAUUAUAUCAGAAUUGAAAUUAUUCAAUAUUUUCUCAUAUAUCAACAACAAUGAUCAAUGAACGUCAUUAUCGAAUUUUGGCCACAAGCAAAUUGCAUUGCCGCCAUGUUUGCUUAUCAUCAUCAUCAUCAUCAUCAUCUUCGUCAUCAUGGUACACAUUAUCAAUGAUCAUGGCCACCAUCAUCAUCCUUAUUAUCAUGAUGGCCAAUGUCAAUGAUGGCCAAACGACCACCGCACAAGAUCAAUCAAUUUGUCAAACAUAUUUUGCUAAAUACACAAAAUCACAUACAGCAUGUGUAAAACCAAAUAAAAAUUGUCAAAUAAAAGAGCAAGGAUUGGAUAAAAAACAACGACAAUUAAUAUUGGAUAUACAUAAUUAUUACCGUAAUCUAAUUGCAAGCGGUAAUGAAAGUACUCUUGGUUUUCCAUCCGCUGCCAAUAUGCUUACAUUAGAAUGGGAUGAUGAAUUAGCCUAUGUAGCACAGAAACAUGCAAAUCAAUGUCGUUUUGAACAUGAUUGUUAUGAUUGUCGCCGUACAGAACGAUACCCUGUUGUUGGCCAAAAUCUUUAUAUAUAUCGUACAACAAGAUCAAAAGCAGAUCCAGAUUGGCGUAAAGUAAUCCGUGAAUGGUAUGAAGAGAUUAAGAUUGCACCACCACAAGUGGCAUUCAGUUUUGAUCUAUUUCAAUUGAAUAUUGGACAUUUUACACAAAUUGCAUGGGCUGAAACCAAUCGAAUUGGUUGUGGUUUUUCAACAUAUUUAGAUUAUGAAAAUCGUGGUUCAAUAUUUAAAACUGUUCAACUUUAUACAUGUAAUUAUGCACCUGGUGGUAAUUAUUUGGGUGAAAAAAUGUAUGAAAAUGGUACACCAUUAAGUAAAUGUCCACCACAGUAUGGAAAAUCGAAAAAUUUUCAAGCACUUUGUGAAUUCAUCACCAAAUGGGAAUCGAAUAUUGAUGCAUUUGCUUUGGUCGAUAAUCGAAUCGAUACAAAUCUAUUAUCAGCAACGCCAAUUGACAACAAUCCAUCAACAUCACUUUCCAUCAUUAAUAAUAAUAAUAAUAAUAAUCAAUAUUCUACCGUAUAUAAUCGAAUUGAAUCAACAACGGCUACAUCGACAACAACAACAACAACAACACAACGAACGACAGUAAAUACACCAAAAUCUAGAACAACAUCAACAAGAAGAAACGGUAGUAAUAGACGUAAAAAUACAUCAAAUAGAAAUGGAAAUCGUAAUCGUUCAGGUAGUAGUCGUACAGCAAAUAAUCGAAAUAAUUCCACACGUCGUAAUAGCUCGUCAUCCAAUAAUUUUAAUGAUAAACAAUGGAAUUCACGAUUGAAUAAUUGGAAAAAUAAUUCAACAACAUCAACGACGACGACAACGACAACGACAUCACCAUCAACGACAUCGCCAUCAACAUCAACAGCAUCAUGGAAAUGGAAUCAAUCAUCAUAUGAUUGGAAAAAAUGGCUAACAAAUUUCACUACAUUCACUAAUUGGACCAAAUGGGAAUCAAAACCACAACGUUCUAUUGUUACAAGUGCUAAUAUUGGUACCACUGGGCAAGUCGAUCCAUCCAUUAGGAUUGUUACACCGAGACGAUCCACAACUCAAGGUUCCAAUAAUAAUAAUAAUAAUAAUAAUAAUAAUGGCAAUCAAAAUAACAAUGUUCCAUGGCGUUUGACCAACAUUACUUGGUGGACAAAUUGGACGACAACAACAAAUGCUAAACCAAAAUCAACAAAUCGUAUAACAACACGGCUGCCAACAUAUACCUGGUCAUUAUCAUUAGGAUUACAACGUGAAAAUGAAUCUAUCGCACCUAAUUCAUGGUCCAGAUCAAUAGAUUUGACGCCCAAUCGUGCCAAUAGUGCAUUAUAUUAUCGUUACAACAAUAGAUAUAAUAAUAAUUACUAUUGAACAAGACAAGACAAGAAAAAUAAAUCGAAAAAAAACAAUCAGAAAAUUACACACACACACACACACACACACACGCCAAAAUAAGCUGAUGAUGCACACACACAUAAAAUUAAGCGUGUUAUUUUGCCAUUUUCGUGUUGAUUUUUUAUUAUUAUUAUUAUUAUUAUUAUUAAAAAAUUCAAUUUCGAA